AUGAAGGAGCAGGCUGCAAAGGAUGCCGCCAUGGCAUCAAACCCUCCUACUUGUGGUAAUGUUAGUAAGGGGACCGAUAGUGGCAACCCUGAGCACAAACGGAAGGCUGAGGCUUCCGGAGCUUCAGGGGGGAAUAGAAAGUUUCGGGGAAACAUAGGUGGCCGUCAGGGUCGCGGAGAUUGUCCCCAAGCAAAGAGAGAAGAGCCUAAGAAGAAUGUUGCUCAGAACUCAGGGCGACUUUUUACUAUAACUCAGGCAGACGCUGAUGCUAGUCCUGAGAAUAACACUUCAUGGACAUGGUUCUUAGAGAAGUUGAAGGACUUGAUACCUGAUAGCUCAGACUUAUGUUUUGUUUGUGAUAGACAUCAAAGUAUUGAACAUGCAGUUCGUCGUGUUUAUGUUAUGGCUUCUCAUGGGGCAUGUUAUUGGCAUGCAAAGCAAAAUAUAAAACACCGUUUCAAAAGUGUUGUUGGGACUAAAUUGUAUAAGAAAGCUGCAAUAGUGUACCGUAUCAAAGAGUUUAACAAACACUUCGAUCAACUUCGCAAAACAUAUCCACGUGUCGCUAAGUAUCUUGAGAAUGAUGUCAAGUUCAGAAAGUGGUCUAGAGCACAUUUUGUUGGUAACCAAUAUGAAGUCAUGACCACUAACAUAGUUGAGUCAGUGAACAAUAUGAUGCGAAAGGCCAAAGAGUAUCUAAUUAUUGCUAUGAUUGAUUUUAUCAUUAGCACGAUGGGACAAUGGUUUUUUGAACGUCGGCGGGAAGCAUGUGUAGUUACGACUCCAUUAACACCAAAGAGGGAAGAAAUAUUACGCAAGAGAUGGGAUGAAGCCGGUUCAUUGAUAACUCUCCAGUUAAAUGAGAAUGAGUACAAUUUGAUGUGUGGAGAACUCGAUGCAAUAGUAAAUUUAAGGUCAAAGAGUUGCACGUGCAAAGUUUUUGAUAUUGCGAAACUUCCAUGUAUCCAUGCAACAGCAUCAGCAGGAAAGGCACAACCUCAAAAUACUGGGGAACUCAUAUAUUCUAUGUGUUCACAGUACUACACAUCAGAAUAUUGGUUGUUAGCAUAUGCUGAAACUAUUUAUCCUGUACCUCCAAACUCACAAUGGACUGACAUUCCUGAAGAUAUUCUUGCAGUACAAGUGAUAGCACCUCCUGAAAACAAGACUAUAGGAAGACCAAGAACCAAUCGCAUAGCUUCCAAAGGUGAAUUUCUUAAGAAACAAUAUAAUUGUGGAGCAUGUGGACAGUCAGGACAUAAUUCACAAACAUGUCCACAAGUGCCAUCAGAUGGUAGAAGCACAACUCAUGUGUGA